UUUUUAAAAAAGUUUUCAGAUUUGAAUUUGUAUUCUUAGCUAUAGAUAAUUUGUUUUAGAUAGUCGAUAUGUAUAUAACUUUAAGUCUGAAGUAGCAGCUUAGAUUGUCUUAUAUGAUUCAUGUUCUGCACCUCUUUUGGCUGGUCGAAAAAUUGUGAAAUUGCAUUGAUUUAUUACUGUUUUUUUUUGCUGUUGUUGUUGCUGUCUAUAUGCCUUAAAGACUGCAAUACUUAAAAAUCUCACAUGAUCCUUGUUUCAAAGGCAAUGAAGCACGUGGUGAAGAUCUUGAGCCUGCUAGUGGCAGUCUCUGCCUUUUGGAUUGUUCUUUUGCAGGCUGCAAUUGUUCCACAAAGUCAUACAUUGUUGCUACCGAUUUACUUUGUAGUGUCACUUGGAUGCUAUGGUCUGUUAAUGGUUGGAAUUGGGAUAAUGCAGUUCCCUACCUGUCCUCAAGAAGCAGUUCUCUUGAACCAUGAUAUUGCCGAGGCAAAAGACUUUUUAAGCACAAACGGAAUAGAUAUUGGAACGUAUUGACACAUUUUGUAAUAUUCUUCUUGUUGACUCCCUAGCAUUAACAUGUUUCUCAUUCUGUAAUAUUUUGCAAGUUUCGUCUUGUUUAGAUGCAAGUUGUAAUACUUCAAAGAUUGUCGCUGGCUAGCCUUCAAAGUUUUAAUAUUAGUACUA